GUUCUCACGAUUUGGUCACACUAUUUGCAAGAACAAUUUAUUUAUUUUUAUUUUUUGGAAAUUAACUCAACCAUGAAGUCUGAAAAGCUGAAAAGAAAUUUUUGGAUUUCCGCUGAAAUCGAAUGCAUGCUCGACUUGAUAAAGGAAGUAAAUAACUGCCAAGGAGCCCUGUCCACGAGCACCACGCAGUACACAUUCAUCCAGAUUGCCAACCAGAUGAAAAAGAGAGGUUUUCCAAAUAAAUCCCCCACUCAAAUCCGAAGAAAGUGGUUUCAAAUGAAGAGUGCUUAUCUAUGUUACAAGAAGGGCAACGUUGAUCGACUCUUUCUGAUUCCCGAGAAAUUCCGUAAUGUUAUCGCUCAGUUUGUAGAAAGCGGUGAAAAAAUUGGACGUUCGAACCUGUCAACGAUAUCGACUGGAACUCCACCUGUAAUGCAACAAAGCCAGGAAGUUCUUCCAGAGGAAGACUCUUCCGUCAUGGAUAAGUUCCUGAAUCAAAUCCGUAAGAACAACAAAAUGAUAAAUAACGAAUAUAUGAAGAUGGAGGAAUCGCUGCAACAAUUUGAGCAGAAAUGUCAAUUUAUUCGAGACCGGAAUCUUAUAAAGCUUAUCAAUGGUUAUUAGUUAUUCAUUUUUUUAAUUCUGUACAAACUAGAAUAAGUAUCAUAAGUGUAUGAUUAAAC